CGAGAGAUAUGUCCUCUGAAGGGAUGCUCUCUGGAUCUACGAGAGGAAAAGGAUAAAGUGAGGUUGGCGGCAGCAAGCCGCGGGCACAGGACUGCGGUCAGCCAAACCACCUGCGAAUAAAAAGAUGAUAUAAUGCUCCAUGACUACGAUGCGCAACCGUGAUAAUAGGAGAAGGGCGUCCAUUCGGCAAUAUCUCCUUUCGAGGCUAAAAACCUUGUUGGAUUCUCUAGAAGCAUAUAAGAAGAAGAAGAAGAGGAGGAGGAAGAGGAGGAGGAGGAGGAGGUAGGAGGAGGGAUCGAACCUUAUGCAAAUGCAACAACGUUGCAAACGACCCUGUGAAAUCUUUGCGAGUAUGGCUUAACUUAACUUACCGUAAGAUAAUCGAACGACUACCGAUGAUAAUGCAAAGACAACGGCGAACUUAAAGAUCUCGACGACGGGACGUCAUCGUAGAUCGGAGAUCACUCGGACCGAUCAUUGUCGGUGAUCACGGCGCCUCGAUCGGUAGGCGUUCACCGAUAACGAGAGACCUACGCUACGCAAGAAAGAAAGAAAGGGAGGAAGAUUUCAAAACGCAGCCGCAUACGUAAUGGUCCCCGGUAGAAAAAAAGAUUUCCGGAGAUGGAGUCUCUCAGCCGGAGACAGCCACCAACAUCAUCAUCACUGCCACCGCCGCCGCCGCCGCCACCACCACCACCACCACUACCACCACCACCACCACCUAUGAGAAAGGGUAUUCGAGACGAAGACAAUUUAUUCUGAAUUUGCCGGUUUCUUCCGGUUUACCUUUAAAUAUAAUUAUGGCCGAUACAGAAAUGGCGGGUAAGAAGAAAAUUCACAUAGGAGAAGGGCGAGCGCUAGUUGAUAACGAAUUAUAUUCGAAAAACCUAUAUCUUAUUACGACUUUUACUGAAAAUGGUUCAUAAGACUUCGAACGAUGAUAAAAAUGUAAUUAAAAAUGUGGAAAGUGAAAGUGUACAUGUUAUCGAAAGGAAAUCUGUCAUAUACAAAGACUUAUCUUCUACCUUGGUACAAGAGAUAAGUGAUUACUCGAAACAAUUUGCACAUAUUUAUGCUGCUAGACUUGCAGAACUUGGAGAAGUUUUGACAUCAAAAGUACAUGCAAAGUGGAAAAAUGUUCAAAUCUUAAAAUUAGCAGAUUUAGAGGAUUUCGAGGGAGAAACUUGUAUUAUAAUUGGAACAUUGUACAAACAUCAGCAAUGGAAACCAUCAAUUUUACAAGAACUUAGCGAAGAACAUCAAUUGUCAUUACCACCUACAAGAUCUGAUUAUUGUUCUGAAAAGGAUCAAGUAUUCUUAGAAGAUGAAAUGUUACGCAUUAAAUUAGUUGGUGAAUUAGUUGACCUUAAGGAUAUUGUCACUGGUAUAGUUUGUGCUGUAUUAGGAAGCGAAGAGGAGGAUGGUACAUUUCAUGUGAAAGAUUGGUGUUUCCCAGGUUGCGUACCUAAAACUUUACCAAGUUCAGAUUCAAAUUCAAAUGGAAAGAUCGUUCUAAUAUCUGGAUUAAAUUUUAUUAAAAAUUCGGACGACAUGGCGAUAGAAUUAUUACGUGAAUGGAUCUGUGGAAUGGCUGGCGAUGUAAAAGCUCAGAAGGAGGAAGCUUCUGUCGUACGACUUAUCAUAGCAGGCAAUGCUAUUAGCAAUAAUGAUAAGAAACACACUCAUAAACAUAUAUUAGAGUUAAAAGUAGAAGAGAGUAUGCAUGCAAAGGAAACUAUCAGUGCAACGCAAAAAUUAGAUGAUUUUCUUUCUGAUAUUGCAAAAUGUUGCUGCGUAACGUUAAUACCAGGCCAAUACGAUCCUACUAAUAUGAUGUUGCCACAAAGACCGCUUCAUCCUUGUUUAUUACCUAAAUCAUCCAGACUUGGAAGUUUUCAAGGUGGUUCUAAUCCUUGGAUCAGUCAAAUUGAUGAACGUAUGAUAAUGGGAUCAAGUGGUCAGCCCUUUGAAGAUUUUAUGAAAGCUACUGGUUCUAAAGAUAUUUCACCAAUAGAAUGGUUAGAAAAAUCUAUUAUUUGGAGACAUAUGUGCCCAACUGCACCGGAUACAUUACCAGCCUAUCCAUUUUAUAAGAAAGAUUUAUUUAUAAUGAAGCAUCGUCCUGACAUAUAUUUCACAGGGAAUGCCGAUAAAUACGAAACAAAACUGUGGAAAGAUGAAAAAAAUCAAGCGAUCAGGCUAGUCUCUAUUCCACAAUUCUCGACAUCUCAUGCUGCUGUUUUAAUAGAUCUGAAAAGUCUUGAUACAGAACUGAUUCAUUUCGGAAUAGAAUGAAUAAGAUUUUUUUAUACAUUUCUCUUUUUGUUUAACACAUAUUAUUUACAAUUUGUGACAAAAAUUAUAUGUACAAUUAUUCAUAAAUUUAUAUAUUUUUAAAGGAUUUUAACAGUA